GCCAUACAAGCUUCACCAAGAUGACCUACCUAUUUCUCCAACAAAUCCUUAUUGGAGGAAUUAAGUCCUGCCACAAAGAGGUUAGGACUCAGGUAGCUUCCUGUGAACUCACCUGUAACUCUCCACAGCGAACAUGAAUCCCGCCGUUCGCCUUCCGCUUUCCUACUGAUGAAACUCCUUGGCUUCUGCCGACAGUUUAUUAGUUCAGCCGCAGCUAUGGCGCAAAGGAAGCCACCGACGGAACCGCUAGUUGUCAUCCUAGGGUCUACUGGAACUGGCAAAUCGGACCUUGCCGUAGAGCUCGCCGUUCGAUACAAUGGCGAGAUCAUCAAUGCAGAUGCUAUGCAAAUGUAUAGGGGACUUCCCAUCAUCACCAACAAGAUUUCGGAAAAGGAACAACGAGGCAUACCUCACCAUCUCCUUGGUAACAUUGGUCUUGAAGAGGCGACCUGGACCGUUGGUGCUUUCAAGCGCGAGGCCACCAAGACGAUACGCGAAAUCCGGAGCAGAGGCAGGCUUCCCAUCGUCGUGGGCGGGACGCACUACUACACGAAUGGGCUGCUCUUCGAGGACAGCCUAGUCGACGACUCUCCAACACCAACUGGGGACGAAGCAGUAAAGUCACAGGACUCUGGCUCAAGGUUCCCAAUACUUGACGGCCCCACCGAAGACAUGAUCAAGGAGCUUCGACAAGUAGACCCCGUCAUGGCAGAGCGGUGGCACCCAAACGACAGGCGGAAGAUCCGCCGUUCCUUGGAGAUUUAUCUUACAACGGGGAAACGGGCGUCUGAUAUAUACGCUGAACAGCAAAAACGGAGAGAAUCUAAGUUGAAUCCCACCGGACCCAGGGAGACCCACGGCUCCCAGUGGCAGUCACUCCUUCUUUGGGUCUAUUCGCAGCCGGAGGUGCUCAAAGAACGACUGAACCAGCGAGUGGACAAGAUGCUGGACAAUGGCCUGCUGGACGAGACCACGGAAGUGUAUCGAUACCUUCAGGGGAGGUUGGCCGCUGGAGAGGAUGUCGACCGCACCACGGGCAUCUGGCAAUCCAUCGGCUUCAAGGAAUUCGAGCCGUAUCUUCAAGGCGUCGCACACGGAGAUCACGAGACGACUGAGCUCGGCAGGCUGAAGCAGGCGGGAGUUGACGAUACCAAGACCGCCACCAGGCAAUAUGCAAAUUACCAGGUGAAGUGGAUAACCAAGAAGACUCUGCCCCUGUUACGACAUGAGCAGGCGUUAGACAUGUUAUAUCUGCUUGACAGUACCGACAUCAGCCACUGGGGCGAGGAGGUCUUGACCAAAGGUGCCGAGCUGACCAGGCAAUUUCUUGCUGGCGAGCAGCUCCCACUCGCAGCCCAUGUCUCGGAAACCGCCAGGGAAGUGCUUUCGUCGAAGAUAGAGGUGAGCGAGAAGCGGGAGACUUUUACACCCUGUCAGAGGAAGUGUGACGUAUGUGAUGUCACGAUCAUGACAGAAGAACGUUGGGAAAAGCACAUCCGAGGGAACCGUCAUCGUCGGGCGGUUAAGAGCUCAAGACGGACCGCCCUUGUCCCCAGCCGCCAGGCCGUGACCGAUCUAAUUGCAGUUGAGCAACCGAGUUCGCUGGAGGAGCGUGGCGCCACUCAGGAUCCCGGUGUUGCUUAGAAAAUUACGAGUCGGCGAGAAUAAAAAAAAAGAAUUCGAUCAAACGCCCGUUUGAGGCAUAUCUUAUAAUCUAGCCCUGCGAGACUCCUGGCCCCAUGAGACCUGGAUCCCUGGAGCAGCAGCGCAGCACGGCUUACAAGCCGUACUAUCUUAUAUACAUACGAAGCGGCAGAUAUACCUAAACAUCUUUAGAAACCGUCUAUGACAAUGAACUCUGGU